AUGAAAACAAAGUGGCAUCUCUAUAUUCUGUGGAGUGUUUUAUCACUUGGCCUCCUCGGCUGUGCAGCGGACACUUAUGAAUCUCCAUUUACUAGAAGGAAAAAGGUUUUCAAACUGGGUACUCCAAAAUCUGAUCCGAUCAAACUGUCAACAACAGGCGACAGGAAAUCCCCCCACAGAUCACCCGCUCCAUUGUCUCAGCUCAGCUCUCAGAGGCACCACCCUGCUCCCACACCUGUAACACCUCGGUCCAUGCGCCCUGUAAAGCCCGAGGCAAAGGUCCGGUCGCACCUUGCUUUCCUCCCAGACGUCUCUGUCACCUGCUCCACGUCUGACUUUGUCGUGCGGGUCAAACCAGCUUUCUACGGUCUGGGCGCAGAUGCACAGGAGCUGAAAUUAGGCAGCAGCUGCAAAAGCAACGGGGUUCUCAGACCGUACGGUGACAUCCUCUUCACUUAUCCUCUGACAGCGUGUGAUGCCGUGCGCGAGGUGCCCCAGGGUUACCUGGUCUACAAAUUCGUGCUCCAUUAUGAGCCUUCGCCGAAACGGUUGCCUAGCAGGGCGCACCGGAUUGAUAUAAACAUUGAAUGCCGUUAUCAGAGGAACCAUCAUGUGUACCAGCUGGCUGUGAAACCCACCUGGCAAACUGCUGUCGUGCGUAAAACGCUGAAGGGGCGUCCCAGUCACUUCCAGAUCGAGUUGAUGGCUGAUUCAUGGAGCAUACCAGCCAAGUCCCUCGUGUACCAGCUUGGACAGACAGUAAAUGUCCAGGUCUCUGCUCCUCAUCUCCCCUCUGGAGGAAAACUGUACAUCAGUAGCUGCUAUGCAACACCAUCCAGUGGCUCUCAAUCGUCCCUCAAAUACACCAUCAUCGACAAGUUUGGGUAUGUAAGCUGUAUGCUGGACAGCAAGAGAGACCCGGGAGCCUCUUGGUUUAUCUAUCGGACAGACAGGACCCUGCGAUUCUCCCUAAAGGCCUUCCAGUUUACUGCUGAUCCUGACACUGAGGUCAGCAUUCACUGCAAAUUAUCUGUCACAUCAGAGGAACCAAGUCCUGCACACAAAUCCUGCACCUACAGAGGGAACAGGUGGAGGGCCCUCACUGGUGACGACUCCAUAUGUGAAUGCUGUGAUUCACAAUGUGUGACCACUAAAACCUGGAGGGCCAUGAUGUCAGGCUCUGCCAGCAGUGAGUCACUGCUAAUCUCCGAUCAGCCUUACACAGCAGAAGAUGAUUUUCUACCAGCCAGCCCCUCCCUGGUCAUCAUGGGCAGAGAAGACGAGACUACAGUGAGUCGUCACAUUGAUGACCUGCAUGGUCAGGAGUCUCUGUGGGAAAGUGCAGAUGUAGUUAAGUAUGAUGAUGAUUAUGAAGAAGAGGAAGAGGACUACACGGAAAAGGAGCUUGAAGAAGAUGAAGCAGAAAGCAGGGUUAUCCUUGAAGUGAUGACGGAUGACAGAGAGUUCGAGGAACUAGUUUUCAGGCACGGCGUUUUAGUGGAGAAGAGGAAAGAGGUGGAAGUAAAUGAUUUGAAUGAGUUUGGAGUGGAUGGCUCAGGGUAUGAAUUAGAGGAGGAUUUCUUUGAAGGUGAAGAAGAGGAAGAAAGACCUGAGGGAAGAGAAGAUGAGAUCUCUGACGCACAGCAGGCGAUCCAUUUGAAUCAGAAGGAAGGUGAAGUGCUCCGUCACUGGGCGCAGCUGGAGCAACUAAAAGUCAGCCUACAGAGAGAGGUGCAGCCACUGGACUCUGAAGGUGAGGAAGGAAACAGGAAGUAUACAGACGGAGGUGAGGAGGAUGAGAGGACAAGAGCCUAUGAGGUGGAGUGGAAGAGAGAUGACGGUCUGGCAGAUGUAGCAGUUCACAGGGAGAUGACUUGGUAUUUCACAUGGAGGUAGUAUUAGGUCAAAGAAUCUGAGACUGUUCUAACUCUUCUUAGCUAAUUUCAUUUCAAUAAAAAUAAACAUGACAAUGCAACUGACGAACUGUCUUUUAUCAUAACUUACAUCAGACUAAGACAACAUUUCUUUU